AUGUUUCCGAUCCUGCUAACGACAACUAAUGAGAACCAACCAGAUGCCGUGGUCGCUUGGGACCCACUUGGUGGAUGUCCGAUUGUUACAUUUGCUGGUGAAACCGCGCAUCGAGGCUCUGUGACGCAGUUCGCCGAGGGUGUUGUAUGCGCUGCUGCUAAAAAGCCUUUUAUACAGUUAUGGAACUUUCACUCUGCAUCGUCAAGUUACAAACGGAUUUUAACCAAAGGACUGGUCAGUGCAAUUGCUUUGACUCCGGACAGCGAGUGUAUAUUUGUUGCAUUUGAACGAGAGAUUUACGUAUACCAGACCAGUAGCGGUUGUUUGAUUGGCGUGUUGGGUGGUAGUCAUUCAGCCAAAAUCGGUGAAAUACGCUUAGCGAAUUGGCUCACGCCGGAAAACACAAUGCUGAUUACCGCCGAUGUGUCUGGAUUUCUGGCAUGCUGGAAUUUGUGCGCGUUAGUCGACGAGUUAAAUCUGUUAACCAGUAAGCCGCGAGUAUCUGACACUAAUGCGUCCGUUGUGGAGCACGCAACACUCGAGCUUGGAAACUAUUCACAAUCGCCUCCCGUUUGGUAUACACUGCAAGCCAGUCACUAUCUUCCGCGGAUUAACAUAUUCCGACAACUUGUACUGGUUACUGGAUCUGAAGGAUUGAAGGUAAUCUCUGUAAUAAAAAAAUAG